AUGCUCGCCCAUGAUGUUUGCCUAAGGGAGCUCUCCUAUGAUGCUUGCCCAUGGAAGCUCGGAGUGCCUUUGAUCCUCAUCGCAGAACAAUGCCUAUGGGAGCUUGCCCAUGAUGCUCGCCCAAGGGAGCUCACCCAUGAUGCUCGCCCAUGGAAGCUCGCCUGGAGUGCCUUCGAUCCUCCUCACAGACCAAAUGCAUCCUUGAUGCCUCACCUCCAUGAUCUUCACAGUUCAAAUCAACAAUGCCUAUGGGAGCUUGCCCAUGAUGCUCGCCCAAGGGAGCUCACCCAUGAUGCUCGCCCAUGGAAGCUCGCCUGGAGUGCCUUCGAUCCUCCUCACAGACCAAAUGCAUCCUUGAUGCCUCACCUCCAUGAUCUUCACAGUUCAAAUCGUCUCGGUUCAUAG